CCCUCUGAUUCCAAACUCUGCAGACGCACCGAACGUCGCCGAGGUUUCGGCUCGCCGACGUGGACAUCCUUCCCAGGCUUCCCGCCAAUUUGACGUGCAUUAUAACUAAACCCUUUCUCCCUGCCGCGUUGCUGCCAUCUCCCAGCCCUCCACCUUCCUCCACAGCGGAAGUCGCCUAAACCUACUCCGAUGCUUCCUUCGCGUCGCCUGAGCAACGGCCGCUCUCCUCUUGUCCGCAAGCAAUGCCAAAUCACCUCCUUCUUCUCUCCUGGCAAAAGCCCUGCGCCAAACUCUAACCCAAAUCCAAGUCCUAGCAUUUCCUCUGAUACUUCUUCUUUGAACGACAAAGCAACGCAGAAGAAGCCCCUUCUUGUCAUCACACCACCCUCGGUCCCCAGCAUCGACACCUGUUCAUCGGUAGGCAAGAAGGUGCCGUACUCUUCGGAAGUUGUUGGCAAGAGGAUUAGGGUUUAUUGGCCGCUCGACAAGUCUUGGUAUGAAGGGCAUGUCCGAUCGUUCGAUGAGGCUUCCGGCAAGCAUGUGAUCCAGUAUGAUGAUGGGGAGGAAGAGUUUCUUGAUAUGGAGAAGGAGAAAAUUGAAUGGGUAGAGGCGAAACGGCCAAGGAAUCUUCGUCGGCUUAGAAGGAUGUCGGGAUCUGGGUCGCCGGCGGCUAAGCAGCCAUUGGAAUCUGUUAAGGCUGGAGGUGAAGAGGGAAGCAGCAAAGAAGCUUCUACGAGUGAUGAGGAAUGGGGCCGGGGAUCUACAAAGGAUGACAUGGAGGAUGAUUCCGAAGACGUAGAAUUGGAAAACGAAGAUGUUAUGGAGGAAGACGUAGUGUCGAAAUCUAGAAGAAAUGUGGCAUCAAAGCUUUCUUCAAUGGGAGGGAAGCGAAGAAAGAUUGCCGCGGAGAAAAUGGACUGCAUCAGGACUGUGAAAUUCGACGAUCAGGAAGAUAAUACGGAAUACAGAACACCUGUUGAUGCUAGAAGAAGCAACUUAACGCAUCAUGAUAAUUCAAUCGGAAGGAAUCAGCUUUUGGAUGUUGUGGAUUUCAGUUUAACGGGUGAAGUAGCUGAUCGGUUUGGGAAACGACAUGCUGAAAAGUUUAAGUUUCUUGGAGUACCUAUGCUCGUCGUCGGACUUCUACCCGACGCGGGACCUCCACUUGACGCCGAAUUUCCACCCGGCGUUGGACUUUUACCUAACGUCGGAUUUUUGCCCGGCCACCAACUGAUGUUGGACUUCUACCUGAUGCUGGACCUUCGCUAG